CUGUUCUUCUUUUAGUUUUUGUUUGCCUCUCUUUAAUCGACUCCUCCAUGAAGCUGGCGGUCUUGGUCAUUACGUGGUUGGCAUGUAUGCUUAUGCCUGCUGAAAUGAUCAAGCUCAAUAUCGGCAGCAAAAAAACAUAUCCAAUUGUCACAGGUGCCGAAGUUGGCUCUAUGUAUAUUGCUGAUCAUCGCUAUAUUGCCAAUUAUCACACAGCUAAUGCAAGCCGUCAAGAUAUAACGAGAGCUGUCAUUGUUGUCCAUGGUAAACAUCGAGAUGCCUGGAAUUACUACAGAGCUGUCCAGAGCGCAGUCAAAGUAUCGGCUGUCAACGCAUCCAAUAUUUUCAUUAUCGCUCCCUUAUUUUUGAGUACUUGGGACUUGGAUUUAGCCAAACCGACGUCUUUAAUUUGGAAAGAUAACUCUUGGAUGGACGGUGGAGAUGCAAUUAAUUACACCAUCAGCAGUUUUUCAGUCCUCGAUUAUCUUGUCUCCCAUUUUUCUGAUAAAAAUCGCUUCCCAAAUCUCGACUCUGUGGUUAUUACUGGCCAUAGCGGUGGAGCGCAACUAGUACAACGCUAUUCACUAGUUGGAAACGAUAGCACGGAUGGAAUCAAUCUCCGAUAUGUAAUUGCCAAUCCAAGCUCAUUUGUAUACUUCAAUGAGUACCGACCACGCAACGUCGAUCCUAUCCGCUGCCCUGACUGGAAUACUUGGAAGUACGGGAUCGUUAAGCCUCCUAGAUAUGUCCUAGAAUCCCAAAGAGUCAAGGGGUUAACGGAUUUAGGAAGUGCCUUGGAGACAUUCGCAGCACGCGAUAUUGUUUAUAUGAAUGGUCAAUACGAUAACUUCACUUCGGGCAACGCGCUGGAUACUGGAUGCGAGGCUGAAGCGCAAGGUGUAUCUCACAUAGACCGGGGCCUUGCAUACUGGAGUUACAUUACUUCUAUCCUACCGCUUUCUAAUUUUAACCAAGAUAUAGAAAUCGUCCCUCGCAUGAACCAUAAUGCGACUGGCAUGUUUUGCUCAACAGCUGGAUUGUAUGCCAUACUUGAAUCCUGAUUUUUAAUCUCUUCCUUCAUUGUACCACCCAACUAUGUACAUUUGACAUAUCACCUCCAUACACUGUAUUAUAUGCUAUUUUUUCAUCACUUAUCUCCCUACCGUUAUACCCAUGACAUA